AUGUCUAUAAGGAUUAAACUGUCGAUCCGCUCCCGAAUCCUGAUGUCUAUGCAAAUCGAACAGUUGAAGAUCUCCCGAAUUGCCUCUCUGUUUGGCCCCCGAACGUGCCAUCUCAUGCAAAGCAAUGAAAUAAUUACAACAUCAUCCAACUCCCAAGCACCAUCCAUCCAUUUGCGUUCAGCACUUUUAUGCUCCGGAACACCAUCCCUUCGCAUGCGUUUGGCGUUGUCAAACCCCCAAACACCAUGCGUACUUGAUCGUUCGGUACUCACAGGAAAAAAACACCAACAGGAUUCCUCGGCUGUGCUACAGUGGACCG